AAAGGUCUCAGUAAAGUCUCAUCUUCUCCUUUGGUUCUUCCUCUAGAUGUUCUGGAGCAGUCAGGUCUCUGGCCUUCGAUGUACGGAGCCAGAGGAGCACCCCCUCACCUGCAGCCUCACCCAGUCUACUCGCGCCCCUCGUUUCUGCAGCAGCAGGAUCUGUACGCCCUGCAGCAUCAGCACCACCAGCAACAGCAGCGAGCUAUGGAACACAUGCAGCGACUACCCUUAGGACAAAGAAAACAUGACACAAUCACAAUAGACGACUCGCCGAAUGGAUCUCCGACUUCCAGAACUCCAUCUUCUUCCUCAUCCUCUGCCUCCACCCAUGCAGCAAAACCCUUCGCUCACACCCCUCCUCUGCCUAAGACCUCCACACCGUCUCCGGGGCUGUGUCCAAGCAGCCGGCAGUCACCCUGCUAUCACUCGCCAUCAUCGCGUUUGACACACCCGCCAAAUCCCCUGACUCCGACCCCGAGCCCAGCGGCAGCAGCGCCACGAUCUCCGGCCCUCAGCCCUGCCCCUUCACACCUUUCUAAAGCACUGGAGAGAGUCAGUGACAGAGGAGAAGGGCAACCACCUCAGGACUACCCCCAGUCCUUAGAGCCAGACUUGCCACCUGUAUAUAGCUUCUCUACAGUUUCCAUGGGUUACAAGGCCGGGCCUUCACCUCCUGAAGCGCGAGCGGCAGAGCAACCUUUGUUGGAAGAACAGCCAACAGCGUCUGAAACCAAGUCUUUCUUUAAACAAUGCACCAUCCAGCCUCUCACCGAAGAGCGAGCAAGGGAAGAAGAGAAUAUAACAAACUGCAAGGUGGAGGAGUCCGAGAAUGAAUCAAAAGGAUGCUCUAUCUCUGAACUCCAGAGCGCUCUUUCUGGAUCACCGUCAUGCCCUUUCCAAGCUCCAGUUCCUGAACCAUUCUGCCCAGCAGGCAAAACCCUGAAAGUGGAUGUUCCUUUGGGUGGCCUUACAGAGCCUCAGAUGUCCAAAGAGCAGAGAGAUGAUUGGGAGUGCAUCAAAGAGGAUGACAUGGGGGAUAAUGAGAGAACAGAGCCUGGACCAGCUGAAUGUACUGUCUCUAUGCCUGUAGAGCCUGCAAACGGGGAGCCGGAGAAGGAUCAGUACAACGAGGAAGAGAAUGUAGAGGUGGUUGAGGAUAAGGAAGAGGAAGAAGAUGGGAGUGGGAAAAGUCCAGAUGAGGAAUUGGUAGAAUAUUCUGUUGUUUCCCCCUCUGCUGACCCGCUCCCCUCUUCCACUAUGACAACAGCAGCCCAGUUGGAAGGGGCUUACAUGUGGAGCUUGGAACUCUUGAUUGCAGCGGCUCUGUGUGCCACCAGAGAUGCCUUGUACCCGCCAGCACCAGUUGUUCAGACCCCAUCUCCUUCUUCUCACCAUGGUAUGGAAAUACUGGGGGAACUAGCUGAGCUGGAGAUCAAGCGAAGGAGCAGGGAGUUCAAAGAGAAGGAGGAAGAAGGUGAGGAGACGCUGACCUUUGACCUUCACAGUCUGGCGACGCUGGCGGCGGCCCGGGCUCUGGAGAUGGGCGGUGGUACCGUGGACUCUGAGUCCGACCGGCAGUGUCCUAUCAGGAAGAGGUUAAACCUGCGCCGGAAGUGCAGCUGGACGCCUCGGCACGAGCCGGUGUGCCCAGUGAAGGGCUCCAUGGAGACGAUGGGAGGGGAGGAACUGGCCAUGCGUGUCCAGCUGGCUGAGCUACAGCGCCGCUACAAAGAGAAACAGAGAGAGCUGGCCAAACUACAGAGGAAGCACGACCACCAGAAAGACGAGACGUCUCGUAGCCCCGCUCGCCGGGGGCCCGGCCGCCCCCGCAAGCGCAGGUCCACCCCCGGCCCAGCUGCCGCGGAGAGCUCCAAAAGACUCAGGACUGGGCUAAAUAUUGUAGAGCAAAAGAACAGGAAUGUCUUGUCCGACCACAGCUUCAACAGUCUGACUGCUGCACAGAUGAAAGCUCGUUGUAAGCACAGAGGUCAACCAAGCUCUCUGAGCUCCAGGCUGGCCAGGCGGGUGACCCAAAUGAAGCAGAAAACCACCGCCCAGCGGGAGGCGCCAACAGCUGGAGGGGUGCACAGCAGUGAGGAAGACCCUUCCAAGAACCACAGCCGACACGGGGAGAAAGAUCGACAAGACGGGAUGCCAGGUGAGACCAUGACAAAGAAGAGGGGUCGAAAGCCCAAAGUAGUAAUGGGCAUCAACCCCAACCGGCCUCAUCACAGGGACAGACGGGACACACACGAUGGAAGAGAAGAGAAAAGCUGCAGCGAGAGUUCAGAGCGUGAGGAGGAGGUUGGCAGUGACGACAGUGACGACAGUGAAGACGAAGCGGGUGACAUCAAGAUUACUUCAUCCUCUAAAGAAGCUCUUGCAAACUCCGCUGGGAUGUUUCCCUUUUCAGCUCAGUCCUCCAAGCUCCAAGCAAGCCUGAAAGCCAGAAGCAAAAGGCCUGGACCUCCUGGCCUGGGAAGCUUCCCCUGCAUGCAGCAGAGGAGUGCAGCCAGGCGGCCAAACUUCAGCAACUUAGACAGGGGACAUCUGGACCACAUGGGGGCUUCUAAAACCUCCCUCCCCAGCUGGGGUGUGCCAUCAAUGGGCUGCAACUUUGGAGAGAGCCACAACAACCACCGAGCCCUGACCAAGGCAAAGAGACUCAUCAAAGACAACGAGAGGAAGACCUCUGCAGGACAGAGCUUAAGAGUGAAGGAAAAGGGUCAUGGAGUGAGCAGGCUCCUGCAGAGCUUCACGGCUGAUGAAGGUUUCCGCUUGGAUGAGGAGAGCAGUUUCUCGGAGGGGGAAGAGGAGGAUGAGGAGGACGACAGACAGAAGGAGAAGUCCCUGUCCCACCUUCCCCCCAACAUGCCUUCCAGAAUACCAGCACUGCCAAACUGUGUGCUGAGUAAAGAGAUGCUGGUGGAUGGCCUGAAGAUCCUAAUCUCCAAGGAGGAUGAGCUGCUGUAUGCCGCGUCUGUUCAAACCCUGGACCUGCCUGACAUAUUCAGUGUCGUCAUUGAAGGGGAACGGGGAAAUCGGCCAAGGAUCUACUCACUGGAGCAGCUAUUACAAGAAGCCGUGUUAGAUGUGCGACCCCAGACGGAGGUUAUCCUGACGGAGGGAACCCGAGUGUGUGCAUACUGGAGCGAACGCUCUCGCUGCCUUUACCCCGGCUACGUCCACCGUGGAGGUCCGGGUGAGGAGGAGAAGGAGAAGGAAGGGAGCGUGAUGGUGGAGUUUGAUGAUGGAGACCGAGGAAGGAUCUCUCUUGUAAACAUCAGACUUCUGCCUCCUGGAUACCAGAUCCGCUGUGCGGAACCAUCUCCAGCACUGCUGAUCUCUCCGGGUCAUCGGGGUCGGCGAAGCUCUACGGCAGAGAAGAAAGACACUCCGACAGAGAAACUAGCCAAUGAGGAGGCAGGAGGGAAGCCCCAGGAAAAAAGGCCAGUUGGCAGGCCGAAGAAAACGUACUCAGUGCCAAAGACAGCCAACUCAUCAACCUCAGCAACCGAUUCUGUGAUGAAGGGAAAUGCUUCACUGUUGAAUUGGUCCGUGCCCAGAAAGAGACCGCCAGUGGACUUCUUCCUCUUCAAUGGGACGUCCCGUAAAACCCAGAAGAAGAUUAGGGAGAGAGACUUGGGCUUGUUUCACCGGCCAGCCCUGCAUUCUCUAACACCACCAACCCCUAUUAAAAGCAUUUUUGGCACUGCAUUCGAGGUUGACUCCUUCAGUAGCAUCGCUAAUGGCUACUCAACCUUUGGGAACGGUGGUGCCUCUGUAGCCGGGAGACCAGUCACCGCCAUGGGUUCCAUGGGCCUCCGGGACUCGCCUUGUUCCUCAUCCGUCACCAUGGCCGCGGCAGCUGUGAGCCGCAAGCCUCUGAGUGAACGUGACAGAAAACACUUCUUAGUCAAGCUAGACCACGAAGGAGUGACUUCCCCCAAAACCAAAAAUGGCAAAGCCUUGCUUCGGUUUGGAGGAGCAGGAGGGAGAGGAAUGAAAGGCUUGGCAUCUACUGUACCACAACGGUACAUCCAACCUUCUCUUCUGGCAAAACAUGACAAGAAGGUGGGAGAGAAAAGGGAAAGCAGCGCCAGGCCUCGAUCCGAGACCCUUCGGAAGGGCAGUCCACCUCUCGGGAAAGAUGUUAUCUCUGCAGGUCUUGGAGUGAAAGGUGGAGACUACAGUUUGGACUACCCUAGCGACUGCCCCAGCUCUUACUCUGAACUGGAUGAGGAAGACGAGGACGAUGGUCAAGAAGCAAGACGAAGACGAGCAGCCGUCUCAUCCCAUCGGGGCAGUCGUUUUCUAUCCCGUCCGUCCAUCUGCUUCUCUUCAUCUUCCUCCUCCUCUUCUUCGUCUGGCUCCAUUUCCUCCUCCUCUCUCUGCUCCUCAGACAACGACUCCUCCUACUCGUCCGACGAAGAGUCGUCGUCUGUGCUGCUGCGGCGGGCGCUUCUCCAGCAGGACACACAGAAGAACAGGCAGAGCGUCAACUCUGGCCUAAGGAGCCCCGACCCCACCACCGCCAACCCUGUUUCAACUCCACCUAAUGGCUACGUUACCAAGGCUGGCGUAGCCAUGGGAGGAUUGAAGGCAAGAGCCGACAGAGCAGAAGACAGGAAAGAGUACAUCUCCAAAGAAAGCAUAUUGGUCAGCAGCAGAAUGACUAAGGUGCUGAAGAGGAAAGAAAGUUCUUCUAAUGACCACCAUCAUCAGACCCAAAGCAGCCCCGUCAGCCAGCAGCUGAAACCAGCCAACAAGGACUCAGCAGUCACCAAGAAGCAGAGGAUGUCUUCGCCUGAACCUCUUCCAAAAAUGGCCGCCCUGCUGCCUGGACGCCAGCUCUGGAAAUGGUCUGGCAAUCCCACACAGAGAAGAGGUCUAAAGGGUAAAGCCCGUAAGCUUUUCUACAAGGCCAUCAUGCGGGGCAAGGAGAUGGUGCGUGUCGGCGACUGCGCCGUGUUCCUGUCACCUGGCCGGCCCCAGCUGCCCUACGUGGGAAGAGUGGAGAGCCUCUGGGAGUCGUGGAGCUCCAGCAUGGUGGUCAGGGUCAAGUGGUUCUACCACCCAGAGGAAACUCGCCUGGGGAAGCGACACCGUGAUGGCAAGAACGCGUUGUACCAGUCGAGCCAUGAGGAUGAGAACGAUGUGCAGACCAUCUCCCAUCGCUGCCAGGUGGUCAGCAAGGCGGAGUACGACCACCUGAUGCGUGAACAUAAGGCGGGCGGCCCCUCCAACGACCUGUUCUACCUGGCCGGAACCUACGAGCCCACCACGGGCCAGCUGGUCAGCGCAGAUGGCAUGGUCAUCUUGUCCUAGCACCGCCGAUGGGAGCAGAUAUCCAACACGACUGCUGGAGUUCUUCUAGACAGAGGCAAGACGACACUUGGUUCCGCUGAUUGAACUGCUUCUGUUGGAGAAAGAGUGAGCCAGCAGUUCAGAGGAACAGGCUGGCCCAGGCCACGUCUACCCACGCUCCUUGUCUUACCCAGCGUUUCAACCCUUCUCUGCGGCAACCAAACACAAGUACUUAGGAUUGGAACGUCUUGGAAGUAUUCCAACAGGAGGGCUUUCUGAAGCAAAGAGACUCAACGCUAAGGAGAGACAUGCUGUAAACCACACUGGUUUGGAUGGAUGUAACGGUCUUAUACAUGUAGUCUGACUCGGACAACACUAUUUAAAGGCCCCCAAUAGGACCAAUAAACACUGUAGUUUGGACUUAAA